AAUCAAUAUGUCAGUUUAUAAUUUGUUUAAUGUUAAUUUACCUAUUGGCUUCAUUUUCUAUAUUUCGUUACACGGUACGUAGCGUUGGUAAUAUAAAACCAUACCGAUGUAAUAUAGUAGAUAAAAUAUGAUUACAUAUACCUGCGGAUAUAUAAACAUAUAUGCAUUGUGUAUAUAUCGAUAGACGUAGGUAUAAAUAUUGGCUUAAAGAAUAUAACCUCUAAAGACUAAGGAGCAAAAUGAGAAACCUAGUAGAAGAAAAGUUCCUAGAGUUCUAUGAGAGUUGGGUUAUACAACUUGAGCUAUAUCUUCAUCAACUUUUAAUUGCUCAUAACACUAUGAGUGAGACCGAGCUUCGAGCUUUGAUCUCGAAGCUAACUACACAUCACAAAGCUUAUUACACAGCCAAAUGGGCAGCCAUAGGAGAAGAUGUUUUAGCUUUCUUUGGACCGAUUUGGCUAAACCCGUUAGAGAAAGCUUGCUUUUGGUUAACCGGAUGGAAACCGUCUACGGUAUUUCGGAUGGUUGAUAGGCUGAGGAAGUACUCGAGGGUGGUGCUUGUGGAGGCUCAGGUGAGGAAAUUGGAGGAGUUGAGAGUUAAGACCAAGUUCGAUGAGCAAAAAAUUGAGAGGGAGAUGGAGCGGUAUCAGGUGGCUAUGGCUGAUCGGAAGAUGGUGGAACUGGCGAGGCUUGGAUGUCACGUCGGAGGAGAAUCGGUGGUGGUGGUGGAGGCAGCGGUGAGGGGAUUAGCGACGGGUCUUGAGAAGAUGGUGAAAGCGGCGGAUUGUGUGCGGCUGAAAACGCUUAAAGGUAUUUUAGACAUUUUAGCACCACCACAGUGCGUUGAGUUUUUGGCAGCGGCGGCUACGUUUCAGGUUCAGUUACGUCGGUGGGGGAACCGAAGACAUAAUGUCACUCACUCCUGACACAAACUUAAGGGUUGUUUCCGCUGUUGUCACGUUUUUUUUUACUUUUUUUAAAUUUACCAAUAAGAAUGAAAAAAUUUAACUUCCAUCAA